AUGAAUACGAGUGGAACUAAUCCUAAAACAAAAGCUAGAGAUUUAUGGAUUAAAAAUGCUAAUAAUAAAUAUCAGCUUAAUGUUAUAAUUUCUCCAUUAGAAGGUAUUAAUGAAACAGGUAGUAAGAUAAUUCUCAUGGAAGAUUUAGAAAAAAGAAAAAAAAUUUAUGGAAUUUGUGGAGAAUGUAAUGAACCGGGAACAGGAAGGCGUUGGUGUCAAUCUUGUAAUUCUAAAAGAUUCAAAGAAAACUUUAAAAAUUGGACUAGUGGAAACAAAAAUAUUGAUGAAUUAAUACAACAAUCACAACUUAAUGCUGUACAUUAUAAAAAAUGUCUUGAAUGGAUACCUUAUGAAAAAUUUGAAGAUAUCACUUACAUUACCAGAGGUGGAUUUGGGAAAAUUUAUUCUGCUAACUGGCCUGAAGGAUUUAUUAGAUUUUGGGAUAUUGAAAAUCAAAAAUGGGAUAGAUGUCCAAAUGUUAAAGUCGCGUUAAAAUGUUUGGAUAAUUCUUCUAACUUAAGUAAAGUGUUUUUAAAUGAGAUCAAAUCUCAUCUUCAGAUUUAUAUUUUUGAUAUUAUUCAAUGUUAUGGGAUAACUCAAGAUCCAACUACUAAAGAUUAUAUGAUGGUUUUGUUUUAUUGUGCAAAUGGAAAUUUGAGACAGCAUUUAAUUAAUAGACAUAAACCUAUUAAUUAUAAUUCAAAAAUUGAGAAUUUAACAGAAAUUGCGAGUGGACUUCUAAAUAUUCACAAUUCUGGAAGAAUUCAUAAAGAUUUUCAUUCAGGCAAUAUAUUAUAUGGUGAAUUUGGUCGUCCACACAUUAGUGAUUUAGGAAUGUGUCAACCGGCAAAUCAUGAUAACGAAUCAGGUAAUGAAGGAACUUAUGGUGUGAUACCUUAUAUGGCACCAGAAGUUUUACGUGGACAUCCAUAUGAAAAAGCAUCAGACAUUUAUUCAUUUGGAAUUGUAAUGAAUGAACUUAUGUCAGAAGUAAUUCCCUAUAAUGAGGAACCUCAUGAUCAUAUUUUGGCCAUUAAAAUAUGUAAAGGACAUAGGCCAAAAAUUUCUGAAGGUACUCCAAAAUUAAUUGCAGAUUUGAUUACUAAGUGUUGGGAUGCUAACCCUAAAAAUAGACCAACCGCAAACGAGUUAUAUCAACAAUUAAAAAAAUGGAAAAUUGAGAUGUAUAAUAAUAACAGUGAAAUUAAAUCUCAAAUAAAAAAAUGCAAUAAGAAUAAAUUAAAAAACAAACCUAGAAGUCAAUCACAUCCGCAAGCAAUUUAUAUUAGUAGACAAAUAAGUUUCAAAAAUCUUCCAGAACCAACAAAUUCAACUAAUUCACAUUCAGAUGAUAACACUCCUUCACCAUUAUCAAAUCUAAUUUCUGAAUGUAUGGAUUGUCAAUUAAGUGAAUUAGAUCUUAAUGAAGACGAUGAAUGA